AUGUCUGCGCUUGCUCCGGCGGGUUGCUUCACACCGCGCGACUUCGCCGUCUUGGUGCCUUUGGUCUUCUUGAGCACUCUGGCGGCUUAUGUCGUUGCAACCAUCAGCAAGCAGCUCUACGUCAAGUACCGGGAGCGAUGCAGACAUCGAUCUGGAUGGACGAACCGGCCUGACGUCGAGACAUCAUUGUUCUUGGAUGUCGACGAUCCUAGGCCUGCGAGGGUCACGCCGUUCCUUGAGCGCGAUGCCUCCGAGGCCAUGAGUCAGCUACGGUCACCGAACCGGAAGUUCGGGCAACCCGCGAAUGACGCCCUCCGCCACUUCAAUUCCGAGGGAGGCCCCGAUGACAUUAGGAGUCCAUUGACGCCAUUGGUUCUGGAUUUGAGCAGCCCCUCUCGAUCAUCAUGCGACCAUGCGAUGUCGUGCCAGACGAGACAAUCGGUACCGCCGCCGUACUCCCCUUCGGCACUGUGUACAACUACGAGCGUCAGCCGCGUCGACUGCAGCUCUGCAAGCUACGAAAUGACGGAGCUAGUUGCGACGACCCCGAUGAGUCCCUCACAGCCCAGGCAGACACCGUCCGAAGGUGAAGGGUCUAGUGACUGGGCUCGGGAUUGCAUUCUGCAUCCACCGGCAGCAUUUCACGACCCGCUGUUGCGGCCAUUACGAUGA